GCUGAAGAAACAGGCGACAAAUUGCCCGCGGAAUAUCGAUCGCGCCAUCGUCGCCGAGACACGCGCCGGCCAUCAAUCAGCACUCGACACGGAUUCGCAAUAAAACCCCCCUCACACCCGACCGACGCCAAUUCCGCCGAAAAACGGCAAACGACGGCGAUGAGGCGUCGUCCCGCGAGAGAAGGGCCGCCGAAAAUUUCACCACUGCGGAUUAUCCCCGUCGCCAAUAUCAAUAAUGGGGCGCCGUCAUGCGCCGCCUCCACCAAGUGUGACGAAGUGGCGCCGUCAAAGACAGAGUCUGACGGCAGCCCAUUGCAGCAGGACGCCAUGGAGGACAGCGAGUCGCCCAUUGGCAGCUGUGCAGCCUUUGCCUCACCUUCCCUGGCAGAGUCCCAGAUACCCGUUCGCGAACUGGAGUCCAAGAGGAACUCUGCCAAUGCCAUUGGAGAAGCUGCCCGGGCUCUGGAAACUGCAACAGACAAGAUGCAAACAGAACUGGCCGAAGCGCAGCAAUUGCGACUGAACCUGAAUCGCGCAGAAAACCGCAUGCGCGAUUUACGCGCGGAAAACGAGCAGAUGAAGACGUGCAUAGAGCGCAUGAAGGCCAAGAUGUUGGAGGCUGAGCAGUGCGGGUCCCAAGCCGCACAGAGCUGGAAGCAAAAGUGCGAGACGCUCAAGGCCGACGUGUGCUGUUUGCGCAGUGCUGCCGAGGAUUUGUGCGGUCAGCUUCAUCAGGCGAACAAAAAGUGCGCGACGCUGCAGGGUGUGCAGACGCGACUGCGCGAUACAUGCAACGACAUCUCGUCGACCUCUUUGUCAACUGACGCCGUAACUGAACGCUCUGACGUCAAAGGUGGCAGUGCUCUCGCGGGAACUCGUCCGUCCCGCACCUCUGCUGAUAUUUUCGUGGCCAGCCUCAACCCGACUCUCGCAUUGUACCAUCACUAAUAUUAUGCGACCGACAUGAGUUUGGGUAAGAGA